UGACUAGACUCACAAUAAUCCCCAUUUUCUAGAAAUUCCCGCUUUCUAAUUCGUUUUUUUAAACACUAAUCAACAACUUAUUCCAACUAAUUAAUAACUCAUCCUCUUCAAAUUUCCAAUUAAACGAACCUCACCGGCAGCUACCACCAGCAACCGCCACAACUCCCACCCUCUCUUUCUCUUGUUCUCCUCAAUCAUCAUUCGCCAUUGUUAGGGUUUCCACCUUCAACCUCAAUCAAAUCCCCCAAAUCCUAGGGUUUCGUCGUUAUGGAUUUAAUCGGCGAUGCUCUUCGCCAAGCAUUCAUGCCCAAACACGAGUACCAAAACCUUAGAGACGAAGAUAAAGCUUGGAUUAAGCUCCAGCGACCGGUUUGUGUGUCAAUUGUGUGUAUUAUCUCUCUUGCGAUUGUUGUCUCUACUGCUAUUAGCUUGAAGAUAGUGUUUCCUGGUGACUCUGGUGAUCGGCCUUUUUGCUACGAUCUUCGUCUUCAACCUUUGCCAAUUAAUGCUAGUACUAGUUCGAGUGACUCAGAUUCAUUUCCUGGUGCUUUUUAUCUCACGGAUCAAGAAACUGUUGAUUACUAUUAUAUGGUGUUGUUCCUUCCUUCGUCGAUCUUGUUUUUGGCUUCCGUGGUGUACCUUAUUGCAGGUGUUAUGGUUGCUUACUCUGCACCUCAAAGGCAUGGUUGCUUAAAGGUGGUCGAGAACAACUAUUGUGCUUCAAGGAGGGGUGGAGUACGCUGUCUAGCCAUCCUUAAUAUGGUGUUUGCCAUCAUCUUUGGUCUUCUUGCACUUUUUCUGGGUUCUAGUCUUCUGACAUUGGGGAGUAGCUGUUCUGUGCCAUUGUUUUGGUGCUAUGAGGUUGCCUCAUGGGGGCUUGUGAUUUUAUUUGGGGUCACUGCCAUAUUCCUGAGAAGGAAAGCUGCCACAAUUCUGGAUGAGGGCAACUUCUCUGGAAGAAAUAUUGGACUGGAAAUGUUGGAAGCAAAUCCUUGGGAAGUCACGCCAGAUAUUGAGAGACGCGUCAAUGAUGGCUUCAAAACGUGGAUGGGCUCUUCCCUCUUAUCCUCUGACGAAGAAGAAGAAGAACCCGAUGAACAAGGAGAAAUGCCACGCACAAGUAUCAGUCAAAGCAGACAAAGACUAUUGACGUAAUAUGCUUUUCUGGCAUCUUAAUUAGUCGAGGAUUUUGGCAAUAUAGGGAUUAUCUCUGCAGAUAUACACAGACGGAUUCUGAUGGUCUGAAAUGAAGGUUCUGUUAAAAUUGCCUCAGCUGUAAUCGGAACUUGGGUUGGACAGUCUCUCUUAAAAGUAUAAAAUCAACGAAGAGUAGCAGCGUCAAGGGGGGUCUGUACAAAGGGAAAGCACUGUUUAUCUGGAUUUGGCUACACUGACUUGUGAAUUUAAACUAACUGUCGGUCUCCUGCACCGAGAUUACUAUGGUUUUGGUUUGAGAAAGUUGUAAAUUGGUCCUAUAACUUUUUAAUAUAAAUCAUGUAUACGAGUCAAGAGAAAAGUUGAUCACAUAGAGUUGAUAGUUUUAUACUGUUGAAUGCCACUCUGUUAAGAUUUCCUUGAUGGAUUCAUGAUUAUAUAGUUGCAAUGAUUUUCCAAAGUAAUGUUCAUGAUUCAUUGUUGCA